UCAAUAACAAAGCUUUCCCGAACAAGGAGAGGAGAGGACGGAGGAGGACCAUACCGGAAGAGAAAACCAGUGUCCAAAACUCCCAACGAGACAAAACAAGAACCAAUCCAAUCGUCCCGGGAUCGAUGGAGACCGAUCCGUCCAAGUUGCCGACGGGGGGAUCUUCGUCGCUCAUCUUCCUGGGCACGGGCUGCUCCGGCGCGCUGCCCGACGCGCGGUGCCUCCUCAAGCCGUCAACGCCGCCCUGCGCCGUCUGCUCCAUGGGCAUCUCCCUCCCGCCGGAGGGGAACCCCAACUACAGGCUCAACACUUCCCUCUUGGUGGACUAUUGCCAUGACGACGGAACACACAAGUACAUCCUAAUCAACAUCGGCAAGACCUUCAGAGAGCAAGUUCUCCGGUGGUUUGUCCACCACAAAGUUCCUUACGUUGACUCAAUCAUUCUGACUCAUGAGCAUGCAGAUGCUGUAUUAGGCCUUGACGAAGUCUGGGUGGUACAACCAAGAAAUGGCAGAAACGACGUCGAGCAAAUUCCUAUCUUCCUCACGCAAUUCACGAUGGACAGUAUCGCGAGAAGAUUCCCCUACUUGGUGGAGCAGAAGCCAGAGGAUGGCGAUGAAGAUGCCCAAGCCGCGAAAAUUGACUGGAAGAUAAUUGAGGAGGAUGUCGACAAACCAUUUGUAGCAUCAGGGCUAGAGUUUGUGCCGUUGCCGGUAAUGCACGGAGAAGGGUAUAUUUGUUUAGGCUUCUUAUUUGGGAGGAGAGCCAGAGUUGCGUAUUUAUCUGAUGUCUCAAGAUUUCUACCUGAAACCGAGCAUGCUAUUUUGAAGUCUGGUGCUGGACAAGUUGACCUACUUAUACUAGAAGCAAACUCUUUGCAUGGAGUCGGAGAUUCGUUCAGCACCCAUUUAACUCUGAGUGAGAGUCUUGAUGCUAUCAAGAGAAUACAUCCUAAAAGAGCUCUGUUGAUUGGAAUGAGGCAUUUUUUUGAGCAUCAGAGAGAAAACCAGAUGUUGGCAGAAUGGUCUACCAGAGAAGGAAUACCGACACAACUGGCUCAUGACGGCCUGCGAGUCUUCAUCGACUUGUAAUAAGGUAUGCAAGGUCGCUGCGCAAUACUCGAGGACCGACUACUUGGUAACUUUGAACAAUUUCAAUCAUGUCAGUGCAGAUUGCAACAGUUAUUUUGUGAGGUCUUUUAUGUAUCCAAAAGAUUUUAAGUUUGCUCAUGUAGAUAUUUCUGUACACUAU